UCGUAUUUGUAUUUUGUAUUAAUACUUAUGUAUGACAUUGACUUAUCAGUGAGUUUCGACUAAAGUCCAGAGUUGUUUUCUAUUAUAAAACUUUGUUAUAGAGUUGAGAUUUCUCUGUUCAAUUUGAAUUAGGUAUUUGCAAUAUAUAAAAUAUUAUUAAACAUUGAAGCCUGAAGGGUGACGUGGAGGUAUCUCGAUUUGGUACGGUAAGUACGAAUUAAUGUUGUCUGCAGCUGUAAUACAACAAAACAUUACACUAAUGAUUAAUUUGUAUAAAUUACUAGAAUCAUGAGCUAUUAAUUACUUGGUUAUUUUGAAGACUUAAUAUGGAGGCACCAGAAUGUCCAGUUUGCAUUCAACCCAUGACGGUACCAAUAUUUCAGUGCCAAUCAGGGCACAGUUUAUGCAAUUCUUGCACUGUUAAAUUGAGUCCACCCAUUUGCCCCAUAUGUCGGCAGACAAUGACUCAAAUGAGGAACUGGCAGCUUGAAGAUUUGGUGGGCAAGGCUAUUGUUGCAUGUCCUAAUAAAAAUAAGGGAUGUGUUUAUAAAUAUGUGUCUAAAGAAAUGGAAGAUCAUGUUAAGGAAUGCAUAUUUAGGGAAAUGGACUGUCCUAUGGGCAAAGUAUUUGGUACAUGUUCUUGGUCAGGAAAGCUUAAGGAAAUGCUAAAUCAUUUUAAGGAUCGCCAUCCUGGUAACUGUGCCAAUAUCACCUCAGAUGUCACAAUUGAUAAUAUCUCUGUGACUAAUGAUUGUCGUCACUUUUAUCUCCUGCAGUUUAACAAGCAAAUCUUCUAUCUUUCUUUCAAGAUAGAUACUGUCCAAAAGCUUGGAUAUUGGUUAGUCCAAUAUGUGGGCACUAAGAAGGCUGCUCGACAAAAUGUUUAUGAGAUUCAAAUGAACAGUAAACAACACCAAAAGCGACAAGUCACAUAUAUAGAUUACUGUUUUAGUGAUUCUAUGGAGGCCAAUGAAGUAUUCCGCCAAGCACAAUGUGCUGUAAUGCCAUUAAUUAUGAUGGGUCACUUCAUAGAUAACUCAAAGAUCACUUUUCGUUGUUUAAUUAAGCGUGCAUUUGAAGGGAAACCUGCCUUCAAAAAUAAUGAUCAGUCUAAGGAUUCAACAAGUGGCCAGAAAAAAGGACCACCCCCACCCAAUAGACAUAAGAGUCCUGGGCCCCAUGUUUCAAGGGCAAAAGGUUCUGGUACCAACAACACCCAAUCUGUGGGACCAAAACCUGGACCUUUUAAAAAACAGCAAGCACACUUUAAUAAGAAAUAAUUUGUCAUGUAUAUACAUAUAAUUAUUUGAAUAUAUAAUUCAGGUAUUUGAGAUAUUUUUUGUAAACGUUUAAUGUACGUAUUUUUAAGUUUAAGUUUAACUGCACUCUUUACAUAAUAUUUGUAAUAACAAUUAUUUAACGUGAAAGUAGUAAUUGGCUAUCUAUGGUAACUUUGUAUUUUUAGAAUUAAUAAAUGAUGACAAUU